UAAAAUCACGCAUAUAUUUAUUUAUUUUUCGUUUUCGUGCUCAAAAUUUUCUCAAAAACAAACUUCACUCUCUUUCUCUCUCUCUCUGUUUUCACAAACGGAGGUUAAAGAAAGAAGACAAAAAACCCUAAAGUUUUUUCGAAUUGUGUUUAAUUGCAUCGAUUUUAGUGUUUUCUAGGGUUUCGAUGCAGUGAGUUUGCAAGAUCUGCAACGAACGAGACUUGAAUCACGGUAACAAUGGCUUCCACUGAUAAGGAGCUUGAAGAGGAACUUCUAGAAGCAGGGGAAAAGCUCGUAGAUCUUCCUUCUUCCGUUGAUGAUUUACUUAGUCUUCUAUGUCAAGUUGAAAGUUGCCUAUCAAGGGUUGAACAGUCACCUACCGAAUCUAUGCAGAAUGCACUCUCUCCAUCAUUGAAAGUAUUAAUUGCCAAUAAACUUGUAAGGCAUUUAGAUGUUGAUGUCAAAGUUGCAGUUGCCUCAUGCUUCAGUGAGAUAACACGAAUCACUGCACCUGAUGCUCCUUACGAUGAUGACCAAAUGAAGGAUGUCUUUAGAUUAAUUGUAUCUUCAUUUGAAAAUCUACAUGAUAGCUCAAACCGAUGGUACCAAAAGAGGAUUUUAAUCCUCGAAACAGUUGCAAAAGUCAGGUCUUGUGUGGUAAUGCUGGAUCUUGAAUGCGAUGAUCUCAUUUUGGAGAUGUUUCAGCAUUUCUUGAAGACAAUAAGGGAACAUCACCCAGGAAAUGUUUUCUUGUCCAUGGAAACCAUAAUGGUCCUUGUUAUUGAGGAAAGUGAAGAUAUAUCUCUUGACUUACUCUCUCCAAUCUUAGAUAGUGUAAAGAAAGAUAAUGAGGAAGUUAUGCCAAUUGCUCGAAAGUUAGGGGAAAGAGUUCUUCAAAGUUGUGCAGCAAGGCUUAAACCGUAUCUAGUGCAAGCUGUGGAUACCUUGGGUAUUUCUUUGAAUGAUUAUAGUGAUGUUCUUGCCUCAGUAUGCAAAGAUACAUCAGAUAACUUGGCGCUAAAUGAUGUACAUGACUGCAAAUCAGCAGAAGAGCCUGUGGAGGAGUCGGCACAGGUGGAUAGCGAGAUUACAAAAGAAGCCACACCACCUCAACAAGAUAAUGCUGCUGAGGACAGAUCUCCCAAGUCUGUAAUGAGCAAUGGCAUUGCACAGGCUGGAGAAGAUGAUGCUUUAAUAGAUUCAAAAUCCCUAAAGAAGCAAGACGAUGCUGACUCUUCUGUUCUGUCAAAAGGUAAUAAUUUGUUGAGUAAUGAUUUGGACAUUGUAAAAGUUGACAAUAAAGAACAAAAGCCGGAACAAAGUACAAAGAAGGAACAAAGUACAAAGAAAGGUGGUAAGAAAUCGAGCUCUUCAAAAUCGGCAAAGCUUUCUAAGAACUCAAGUGCUGUUAGUGAGAAGGAAGCCGAGAAAACAAAUGACUCUAAAAGUCACAUCAAAGAAGUUCCUAGUUCUCUUAAUGAGGAUGUUGUGGAGGCUACUGGAACUUCAGAGAAUGACAAAGAGAUUAAAGUUAAGAUUUCAUCAACUAAAGCAGGUGACAUUGAAUCUGAUGCUGUUGUUUCUCCUUCACCGAGCGAGAGCAAUCAUGAUGAGAAUCGCUCAAAGAAACGUGCACGGACAAAAAAGAAAGAUAUCUCUGUGAAAGAAGUGGCUGCAGAAGAUAAUUCAAAAAGGGUGUCUGAAGGAACAUGUGAUUCAGAAGUAAAAUCAACAAAGCCAUCAGCAAAAAAGGGACUUGGUCGUAGCUCUGACAUGAAAAUUACUACUUUUGUUGAUGCUGUAAAAAAGGGUAGUGGAAAAGCAGAAGAAAGAACAAAAGGUGAUGGUGGGUCAUCCUCACGGAAGUCGGAGGAAAAGAAAAGGAAGGGACAGGAGAAAGGUAACUUAGAAAAGGGUCUAGCAAAAUCUUCCUCUAAAGAUGAGGAUAAGGCAGUGGCAUCUUCACUUAAGUCAGCUAGGAAAACAACCAAAGAUGAACGUCCAGAGGAGACUCCUAAGACAAAUUUGAAGAGGAAACGCACUUCAGGAAAAGAAAAAGAGUCUGAUAUCAAGAAAAAUGAUCAAAGUCUUGUUGGAACACGGGUUAAGGUUUGGUGGCCAGAUGAUGAAAUGUUUUAUGAAGGUGUUGUUGAUUCGUUUGAUUCUUCUAUUAAGAAGCACAAGGUCUUGUAUGAUGAUGGUGAUGAGGAGAUAUUGAAUUUUGAAGAGGAGAAAUGGGAAAUUAUUGAAGUUGUUGCUGAUCCAGAUGGGGAAGAAGGAAGUCAUCGAGCAAGUCCCAAUCCUUCUGAUGAUAUGCCGCUCAAAAAGAAAGGGAAAACAAAUGCUGGUGAAUCAAAAAAGGAAGGAAAGAGGGAUUCUUCUUCUAAAAGUAGUGGUGGAGCUACAUCAAGUAAAUCAAAGGGGCCAUCCGUGAAGUCUAACCAAAAGUCCAAGACUGUUGGCAAGUCUGAGGGUGAAGUUAGUAGAAAAUCUAAGGAUGCUGCACAAAAAACUGGUGGUAAAUCAGAGGAUCGCCCUCUGAAAAGUAGUGGUAAAUCUGAGGAUCGUCUUCUGAAAAGUGGUGGUAAAUCUGAGGAUCGUCCUCUGAAAAGUGGUGGUAAAUCUGAGGAUCGUCUUUUGAAAACUGGCGGUAAAUCUGAGGAUCGUCUCUUGAAAACUGGCAGUAAAACUGGCGGUAAGUCUGAGGAUCGUCCUCUGAAAAGUGGUAGUAAAUCUAUUGAUUCUGCACACAAAAACAAUUCAAAGAAGACAGAUGCUUCCAAGAUAAGGAAAUCAAAAGACGGUGACGUUGACACACCAAAGCAGAAGCCUAAGCAAGAAACCCCGAAAACUGGAAAAUCCAAGCAAGGAACUUCUAAGAUUGCAUUAUCCUCCAAGACAAAAUCCACCAAAAGUGGGAAGUCUAAUACUAAUGGCACUGGCAAGGUGAAAUUUGUUUUGCCAAAGACAGAAGAUUCGGAGAAUUCAGAGAAUGAGAACUCAGAUGAUUCAACAAACGAGGUUGAAGACAGGAAGGUUAAGACACCAAGUUCGUCAAAGGCUGGAAGCGAGGUCAAGAGUGGAAAGAAACGUGGAAGAAACUAGAAGUGGAUGUCUACUCUACUACUUGCUCAGCAACAUUUGGGAUAUCCCUUUCUGUAGUCAUCUAUUUAAAAGUGUGUUAAUCUUCUAAUUAUUUGUAGCAGUCUCUGUAGAAGUGUAGGCUAGUUUAGUGGGCUCGUUUGUACUAUUUUUCUCGCCCCCUCCCCCCUCCCAAUUAUAGGCGGAUUUUAUUUGAUGGUGAUAAAAGAAAACGUUCGGUCAGAAACCUUGUUAGAGAAUGUUUUGGCACUUCUGGUAAUGAUAGGUUUAAAACUUAACUACCU